AUGCCGCCGUGGGGCGCCGCCCUCGCCCUGCUCCUGGCCGCGCUCGCCCUGCUUGGCCUGCUGGCCCCGCGGCUGCGGCGCGCCGUCGGAGCGAGGACUCUGCCGGGGGCCCGCGGCCAGGACCACGAGGAGGAGGCGGACGGCGGAGGCGCCGCGGCCCCGUUCAGCGACGGGCGGGAGCCGCUGCCCGGCGGGUGCAGGCUCAUCUGUAAACCGUCGGCGCUGGCCCAGUGCCUGCUGAGCGCCUUGCGACGCUCGACUGCGCUGGAGCCGCGCCCGCGCUCCUGGCUCUCCGGGCCCCACCUGCAGACCCUCUGCCACUUCGUGCUGCCGGUAGGGCCGGGGCCUGAACUGGCCCGGGAGUACCUGCAGUUAGCGGACGACGGGCUGGUGGCCCUGGACUGGGUCGUGGGACCUUGUCCCCGGGGCCGGCGGGUCACCAACGCCGGGGGGCUCCCCGCGGUGCUGCUGGUGAUCCCCAGUGCAUGGGGGCGCCUCACUCGCAACGUGCUCGGCCUCUGCCUGCUCGCCCUGGAGCGCGGCUACUACCCGGUCAUCUUCCACCGCCGCGGCCACCACGGCUGCCCGCUGGUCAGCCCCCGGCUGCAGCCUUUCGGGGACCCGUCCGACCUCAAAGAGGCGGUCACUUACAUCCGCUUCCGACACCCGGCGGCCGCUCUGUUCGCGGUGAGCGAGGGCUCGGGCUCGGCGCUUCUGCUGUCCUACCUGGGCGAGUGCGGCUCCUCCAGCUAUGUGACCGGCGCUGCCUGCAUCUCGCCCGUGCUGCGCUGCCGCGAGUGGUUUGAGGCCGGCCUGCCCUGGCCCUACGAGCGGGGCUUUCUGCUCCACCAGAAGGUGGCCCUCAGCAGGUAUGCCUCGGCCCUGCAGGACACCGUGGACACCCACAGACUGUUCAGGAGCCGCUCUCUGCGCGAGUUUGAGGAGACCCUCUUCUGCCACACCAAGAGUUUCCCCAUCAGCUGGGACACCUACUGGGACCACAACGACCCCCUCCGGGAUGUGGACGAGGCCGCCGUGCCUGUGCUGUGUAUCUCUAGCGCCGAUGACCCGGUGUGCGGGCCCCCGGACCACUUUCUACCCACGGAACUGUUUCACAACAACCCCUACUUCUUCCUCCUGCUCAGUCACCAUGGAGGCCACUGCGGCUUCCUGCGCCAGGAGCCCUUGCCAGCCUGGAGCCAUGAGGUCAUCUUGGAGUACUUCCGGGCCUUGACUGAGUUCUUCCGGACGGAAGAGAGGAUGAAAGGGCUGAGCAGGCACCGAACUUCGUUCCUGGGGGGCCGGCGUCGCUGGGGCACCCUGCAGAAGAGGGAAGCCUCUCCCUCUUCCAAUCUGGAGGAGAUCUUUAGCUGGAAGCGAUCGUAUACGAGGUGA